UGUUUGCGACUUAAAUGCACAGUCGCCGUGCACACCGCGGACACUUGCUCGAGUUGACAAAGUUUUGAUUUAUCUAGCGCCCGAUCGGGGCCGAGUGAGUUUCAAGUGGUGACUAGAAAUGUCGCACAAAGCGUUCGUAGGUUGAUACCUGUCUGACAUCUAAGUGACGCGAGUUAUCUCACAUCUACGGAUUGGGCCCACCGGAACACCAGCAGACGAUCUCAUUAGGGUGCGUGCAGUCGCGCAGGAUGUGCGCGUGCGCGUGGCGGCUGCACGUGUUCACCGCCGCGCUCGUGCUCGCUGCGCAUCUCAUCAAAGUGCUGUCGUGUGGCGAGGCGGGCGCCGGGCCGCGGCUCACCAAGCGCUACGUGGGGCUGUACACGGGGCCCUACUUCGACCCCUCCGCGCCCAACAACAUCACCACGCAGCUCGGGACGCAUGCUUACUUGCCCUGCAAGGUGCGGCAGCUGAGCAACAAGUCGGUGUCGUGGAUCAGACGGCGCGACGCGCACAUCCUCACUGUGGACCGUUUCACGUUCAUUGCCGACGAGCGCUUCCAGGCCUUCCUCGUGGAGGCCACCGACACCUGGACUCUCCAGGUGAAGUACGUGCAGGCGCGGGACGCCGGCGUGUACGAGUGCCAGGUCGGCACCGAGCCCAAGAUGAGCCACUUCGUGCAGCUCAACGUUGUAGUGCCAAAGAUUGAAAUCGUGGGUGAGUCGGAGCUGUACGUGAAGGCGGGCACGACAGUGAGCCUGAAGUGUGUGAUCACGCAGGCGCUGGAGGAGCCCGCCUACAUCUUCUGGUACCACAACGACGAGCGCGUGCUCAACUACGACAAGAGCCUCGUCGAGAUACGCAUGGAGCGCGUCGCGCCUGACACUACGGUGGGCAACCUGAUCAUCUACAGUCCGCGGCGCGAGGACUCCGGGAACUACUCGUGUUCGCCUUCUAACCUCGACUCCGCCUCCGUCAUGCUCCACGUGCUCAGCGGCGAGCAGCCGGCGGCCAUGCAGCACGGGAACGGUGCGCGCGGCGCCGCGCCCCGCCGCGCGCUGCUGGCGGCGGCCGCGCUGCCCGCGCUGCUCCCCGCGCUGCCUGGCCUGCCCGCGCUACCCGCGCUGCCCAGGCUGCCCGGCCUGGCGCCGGCCGCGCCACACGUCCGCCCGCAGUUGGUGCUGCUCCGCCUGCUGCUGCUGCUAGCGCUAGCGCUGCUCUGCCCGGUGCUAUGUCACGACGAGGACGAUGGCCAAUAGCGCAGCGAAGUGUGAGCGCGCGCGGACUCAGUGCGGACAGUGUGUGUGUGUGUGUGUGUGUGUGUGAAUGUGUGCGUGCGUCGGGCGAGCGCGCCCUCACGUCCAGCUACACGUCGCAUGCGAUGCGAGGUGUUAACUUAAAGUAUUGUAAAAAUUUCUGAUGUAUUACUUAGAUAAAGGAACGGUCAGUCGUACGCGUUGUGAUAUGAACGAUGUGAGAACAUUAAAUAAUUAAAAUUACGAAAUUAUUCGUAUCGGUAUCUACCUAUUAAAGUUUAUAUUAUGGGAAACAAAACUAUGUAAAUAGGUCGACGAGGCGAGCGAAGCGGUGCCUUGCGGGCUGGCCGCUGCUCGGGCGUAUUUCACAUUUGUAAAGUUGUACAUAAUUAUUAUAAAUGAUUAUAAUUAAUUUUAUCGAUAAGAAGUUACUAAUCCGGCAGUCCGGCGGCGCCGUGGCCGGGUCCGACUCGGUCGGCACCGCGGGCUCGUCGCCGCCGGACUCUCGCUCGACUACUCAUUACGACAUCGAAAUCGUUUUAACCACUGGCAAGCAACUCGUGGUAUUUACACGUAUCAUUUGUUAAACUGUACAAAGCUGCAAGGAAUUGUAAGAGAACCUGUGAAUUGUUUGAAUUGAAAACGAUCAACUUUGUAAUUAUAUGACCGAUGUGGUCAGUGCGAGCCGGGGACGCAGCGCUCUGUGCUGUGGGGAGCGGGCCCCGUGCCGUGGGCCCCGUGUCAUGGGCAGCCACAGAGCCCGGCGGGCCCCAAGAUACUUACUACUUUGAUUAUAUAAUGUCUAGAUGGAGUGUCAGUUCACGGUGAACUGUUCACUGCAAUGCACUUUUCCGUCAAACAGUACCAACCAUGUCACCUAGGCGUCACUACGUGCCAUGUACCUACUUACGCUACAAAAUAAAUACAAAAAUAAAAAAGUACAUUGCACAAAUGGCCACAUGCUCCAUAAAAUCAAAUUAUAAAAGACGAUUAAAAAGUACUCAACAGAUCGUUUAUCCAUCGUUAGAUAAUUAAAAAUUAUAUUAUUUAGUCUAUGUUUUUAACCUUACUAAUUGCCGCCAUAUUUUAUCAGUGUUGCCAAUUAUUUUUCAAUAUUCCCCUCUCAACAAGAGGGAAAAUCUGGAAAAUUAUCACUUGCUUGUAAAUUAAAAAUAAAAUAAUUAUAACAUAUUAUUGUUUAUUGAAUUUAGACUUUCCAGCGCUUUAAUGUCUUAUUUAUUCUAAUCAACUGAAUAAAGAAGGUUCGUUUUGAUCGUCGACAGUUUCUAUAAAAUUAUUGAAUCGAUUUAGUGAAUGUUCUUGGUCGAAUGGGUGCCAUAAUACCUAUUUACUAUAAUUAUUGUUUUUGAAAUAACGUUAAUAAUAUCUUCAAAUGUAUAAUUCAUACGGAAAUAAAUUAGUUACAUUAAAAUUAUAAAUAUCGACGCAGGUCCAAAAAACAAAUAUUUUAUAAACAAAUUCAAAAAGAUUAUUAAUAUUUAAUAUAGGGGUCUAGUGCAUGUAGCCAAAUAUUUAUGGGAGAUAUAAAUUUAUGUAAACCACAAGCCGCACGCACACAUGGAACGCCAUUUUUGUUGUAAUUGUAUAACGACGGUUCAUCUAGACAUAUAAUAUAUAUAAUCAAAGACUUAUUAUAAUAUUUUGUUUAUUUUGUUAUUUGCAAAUCGUUAAACAGUGGUUCCGAGUAAAAAGUUUGGAUCGUUGACACUGUUACUGCCUCACUUUGUAAAUAUAUAUCUUAAGUGAUACAAAAUAAAGAUGAAAUCGUUGAAACAUU